GAAACACCGUCAGUCAGCAAGCAGAGCAGGCCCAUUGGUUUUGAUUUCCUGAACAGCAACCCGCAUCAGGCAACUAGCACCCAGCUCAGCAAACCCUAAAGUUCAUUCCGUGCCGCCGCCGAGCUGAUACUUCGCAGCCAUUUCUGCUCGAGAGCUCAACGAUUAGCUGUUCGCGAGAUAAUAGCGGUGUAGCUGGAGGUCUUUCGUUUAAUGCGCGAAUUAGCUGCCUAGAAUAGACGACCUUUUUUAGAAAUAGCUCGCGAGGAGUUGGUCGUACCGUUUGUGCUGAUCAGGAAUCGAGCUUCCUUUUACAAUGGAGCGCUUAUUAUGUAGACCCUGUUUACCCUCUAGAGAAGAACGUACAUGAUAUGACGCUCGUCUAGGCUCCUUAAAUACGUUUUUUUCUUUCUUUUUCCUGGAAGGAGACGCAGCUUUAGACGAAGGCACUUCAAGCGGGGCAAAGACAUACUAUCAGCAUCGGCGCUUCUGGCGGGAAAUCUUCGUCCUUCUUCGACAUAGCUAGGCGGCAUUACUCGCGAUGCUUUCGUCACUUGCUUUCUCGCAUGACUGUUCGCGAGCCACGUAACGACAGACAUCCGCAAGCGGUCGUAGGGAGGGUUACCAGCUGCCGCCAUGAACAGGUACAAGGUGAUCAAGCAGAUGGGCGAUGGGACGUACGGCACAGUCUGGAAGGCCAUGAAUCUCCACACCAAUGAAAUCGUGGCGGUGAAGAAGAUGAAGCGCAAGUUCUACUCGUGGGAAGAAUGCAUGAGCCUGAGAGAGGUCAAGUCCUUGCGCAAGCUGAACCACAGCAACAUCGUGCGGCUGAAGGAGGUGAUCCGCGAGAACAACGAGCUCUUCUUCAUCUUCGAAUACAUGGACUGCAAUUUGUACCAAGUUAUGAAGGACAGGGAGACGCUCUUCCCAGAGUCGAAAAUACGCAGCUGGAUGUACCAGGUUCUACAAGGUCUGGCGUACAUGCACAAGCAUGGGUACUUCCACCGGGACUUAAAGCCCGAAAACCUGCUGGUGACGAAGGACGUCAUCAAGGUGGCUGACUUCGGGCUGGCCAGGGAGGUGCGGUCGAGACCGCCCUUCACAGACUACGUGUCUACCAGAUGGUACCGAGCGCCAGAGGUGCUGCUGCAGUCAACCGUUUACAACGCCCCCAUUGACAUGUGGGCCAUAGGGGGCAUCAUGGCGGAGCUCUUCUCCCUCCGCCCGCUGUUCCCUGGCGCCAGUGAGAUCGACGAGAUUGUGAAGAUCUGUUCAGUAAUCGGCACGCCCACCGUGCACACGUGGCCGCAGGGCCUCAAGCUCGCAGCUGCCAUGAACUUUCGGUUCCCAGAGGAGAAAGUGCCGCAGGGCCUCAAGCUCACAGCUGCCAUGAACUUCCGAUUCCCAGAGGUAUGGCCUGGCCCGCACACCUCCCUCCCUCCCCUUAUGGACAUCCAAUCAGCCUCCCCCGGAGCCAUCAACCUCGCGACGCUGCUCUGCCCCUGAUUCUCCCCCCCUUUUCCCCCCUCCAAUCCCGAAUCUCACGGUCGUUCUGCCCUCUUUCGCCCCCCUUUUCCCCCCUCCAAUUAGACAUGGGCAUGAGCCGAGCCGGCUCGCCGUCGAGCCUGGCUCGGCUCGAGUCUAGCCGGGCACCAAACAUGCCUGGCUCGGCUCGCAUUUCUGUGGGCGAGCCAGGGCUGGCUCGACUCGCCUAGCAUGCGCUUAAGCCAACAGUAGUGUGGGUGGAGCCUAUGCAAGUGCGCGUUGUUAAGAGUGGCGCGGGCUGCUUAAGAUUUCUCGCGCGAACUAACCUAAUGAGAUACUCCUAGGCGCACAGAAUUCUAGGGUUCGCGAAAUUGACGGGAAGUGGAUUGUGAGGAGGAAGGAGGGUGCAAGAGGUUAGGUUGGAAGUUGUAGAUGCAGUAGUGUGCAGUGCGGUUGAGCGGGGCAAAAGGGUUGGAUGUGUUUCUGGUCGUCAAAGUUUGGGGUUGCGACUGGUUGAAUUCGCGAGGUCGCAAUGUCGCGGGAAAGAAUUCCGCGUCAAACAUUUUGGGCGAGCGUUUAGCGUUUACCCUUUAAACGCAGCGUUUAAACGAUAAACGCUGCACCGCUUGAGCGAUUUCGGGAACAUAGACUAGGAGUUGUUGGCGGGAGAGAGAAACGGGAGACACGUUUUGUCGAGGGGGAAAUUUACCCUUGAAAUCGAGUGGCGAGCCACCUGGCUCGAAAUCAAGCCGGGGACGAGCCGGCUCGACCCCGGCUCGACGAGGACAUUGUGUACGAGCCGAGUCGAGCCGGCUGGCUCGACCGAGCCGAGCCGGCUCGGCUCGAGUCGAGCCAGAUCCCGAAAAGAAAGGCUCGGCUCGUCAUUUUGGCGAGCCGAGCCGGAUGUGGCUCGGCUUGUGCCCAUGUCUACCUCCAAUCCCGAAUCUCACAGUCGUUCUGCCCUCUUUCGCCCCCCCCCAUACCAGUACACGCCCAUCCCGCUGUCAGGCCUCAUCCCUUCCGCUUCCUCCGAGACCAUCAACCUCAUGACUCUGCUCUGCUCCUGGGACCUUCCCGUUUCUUCCCCCAAUCCCAUUCUUUUUCUGCCCUCCUCCUCGUUUUCCUUCCCAAUAUCCCCCCUCUUCUUGCCCUCUUCCCAGCAAACCUCCCCCCCGCCAGUAAACGCCCAUCCCGUUAUCCAAGUUGAUCCCGCCAGCCUCCCCCGAAGCCAUCAAACUCGUGACGCUGCUCUGCUCCUUCUGCCUUGCCCUCACUUCCCCCUCCCAAACCCCCCCCUUGUUCCCCCCCGCCAGUCAUCCCACUUACACGCCCACCCACUGUCGAAGCUCAUCCCAUCAGCCUCCCCCGAAGCCAUCGACCUCAUGACGCUGCUGUGCUCCUGG